UUUAGUAUCCAGGAGGAGGGGCAACGGGCGUGGAUGAAUGAAACAACAAUGAACAGCCCAUGUAUUCCAAACAUCCUCUAUAAGCAAACACAACCUCCUGAAUCUCGAACCCCUUCCCACCACAAACUCAUCACUCAACUCUCCACGUAGCGCCUCUAUACCAAAAGAUGAGCACCAUGUGCGACUCAUUCGCUUUCGCACAAGAAACACCAACGCUGGACGACUCGCCUACCAUCCCUAUCAUGGCCCUUCCAGGCUGCAACGAUGAAGAAGACGACCGGCAGGUCAACUUCUUGCCAGGCAUGGAUGUUAAGAAGCCAGAUACCGCUCGUCGACCCACAAGCUUCAUUACAGAUACAGACGUCAGCAACCUCAUUGCUCAAGACGCGUUUCCGUCUUUCAUUCUGGACGCCAUUGAGGUUGGUUCCAUCCAAGCGGGUACCAAGGCGAGAGAGGCUAGACUGGCCCGAUCGCAACAGUCGAGAUCUGUCUCUGAUGGAACAUGGCAGUCGUACAACAAGCGCCCUUUCACUCAGCGCAGAGCAUCCUUAGACGCCGCUCCUUCCCGCCCACCUCUCAACUUUACGCACACGGCUCCACCAGAUUUGCCGGGCUAUGCCCCUAUGGCAAGAAGCGCCUCUCUUACCACAGCACCUGCCGGAGCUCCUCCUACCUUUUCAAAAUCUCACCCUCCUGUAUUGCCCAUCGCUCCACAGCGAGCGUCUGCCUUUUCAACAUCCUCUUCCAAGCGAUACCGAGCUCUUCAAAGUCCAGCUACAUCGACCUGUCGCCCAGCGACGCCCCUUCAUUCUAUCCCCGAGACACCCAGAGAUCUCGAUGUGGCUCCUGAAGGCAACUGGACUCUUCGACGUCGGCCUGGAGGAUCCUCAAAGCUCAGACAAUCAAGAUCUGCUCCCAACAUGAAGGUCUCUAAGCGACCGGUCGAACCUGAGGGGUUGAAAAGAUCUUUGUCUGGUUUGGACAGACGAGACGGCUCUGAUUCGAAAAAGAAAUACCUCUCCGUCGCUCUACAGAUGCGUCGUGGUUCAGCUCCACUCGACACUUACCUUGCAUUCCAUAACGGGCCUGUCCAGCCUAUUCCCAAAACGCUCUCUCGCUCUUCCUCCCUUGUGCGCUCCUCUCACAUUCAGUCGCUUAGCAAGACCGCGCCUAAUAAACCUACCAAUAUUCAAAACUCUCUUAAGGCGGAAGAUAUUCCCUGUUGGCCGCCAUUAGUAAUCAGGCCUAAACGAUCUGGUUGCCAACCUGUCCCAGCGGCCACUCUCCGUUCCGAAACUCCUACGGCGUCUACUAUGCGGGAACAUGGGACGACGCCAGAAGAAGACGCACCAGGAACAACCAUUCCACCGAGGCCAGUAAAAUCACGCCAACGAAUCAUCCGUGCGGAGAAGAAGGAAAAGAGAAGUCGGGUCAUCUGCUUUCCUCCCGAAUGCACGCCCUGUCUUCUUACACCAGAUAGUGAUGCCCUCACUUUCAGCUCUAUCUUAACCGAGGGGAGAGAAAAAGAGGAAGAGGAUACGGAAGAUGUUUGGCAGGCUGUGGGAGAAGCAGAAAAAUGGGUAUGGCCAGAUCCUCCUUCCAAGACUCUCACUCCUCCUCGAAUCCUGGUUACUUCCUUCACCAACCCCUUUCGGCCAGAACCAACUGUGUAUGACAACAAGAAUGACACAACUCCCAAAGCUUCGAGGUCAACAAUCUAUCGAGGGACGAAUGGUAGUGCAGAUCUAUCAAAGAUCGAGCUGAGGUUGGAUCUUGCGGUGCCGAUGGAGAAGGAGGGCGAGGGCAAAAAAUUCAAGUCAUGGGCAAAGGGUAUGAGGAGAAAAUGGCGAGCAUGAUCAUGACUCUAGGUGGUAUUUACUUACCCUGUAUCCUAUUAGUAGAACUGUAUAAUUAUUAGCGUUCAUUCAUGUUUUGUCAAGUAUAAUUCGUUAAAUAACCGCUGUCAUGUAUCC